AUCGUUGGGCUAGUUUGGGUUUGGGGCUGUCUACUCUUAUCUUCAGGCUGGUGUCAGUUGACAAAAGAUUUGCGGCGGAUCUGGACACAUGGUGCCUGUGAGUUGCUCGACACGUACGUAUAUAUCCUCCUAUUCCUUGGUACAAGUAAGAGAAGAAAUUGCUCGGUCUGUUGACAUUUUUGCUUGGUGUUGAAGCACCAUUGCACGACUUAUUACUAGAUAAGAUUUAAGAAGAAGAAAGAAGAUUGACCGUCUUGAGCGUCACCAGGGACAGGGACCAUCACCGACCUCUCAACUUGAGCUCCAUACAGAUCUAGUCAGAGCGAGCGAGCUAGCGAUGGGGCUGGCGAUGGGGCGGCUGCUGGGCCUCAGCUAUCGCCUGACGAAGCAGCUCGAGGCGCGGAUCCUCAUGCUAGGGCUGGACGCCGCCGGCAAGACCACCAUGCUCUACAAGCUCAAGACCGGCGAGGUCGCCUCCACCAUCGCAACCGUCGCAUUCAACAUCGAGAGAAUCGAGUACAGGAACAUCAGCUUCACUUUCUGGGAUGUCGGCGGCCAUGCCCCUAACCGGCCCUUGUGGAAGUACUACUUCCAUGACACCCAGGGCCUCGUCUUCGUCGUCGACAGCAACGACAGGGACCGCAUUCGACUGGCCAGGGAUGAGCUCAACAACUUGCUCAACGCGGAGGAGCUCAGAGACGCUGCGCUGCUCGUGCUUGCAAACCAGCAGGACCUUCCCAACGCCAUGAGUACAGCAGAGAUGUCAGAGGAGCUUGGCCUUCAUCAGUCCCUUGGCAACCGUAGAUGGCACAUUCAGAGUGCUUGUGCCACCUCAGGAGAAGGCCUCUACGAGGGUCUGGACUGGCUCUGCACCAACGUCGAUAUAAAGGUCAGAUGAAUUUGGAUGAGCAUGCAUGUGAGUUUGUUUGACCUGUGGACUGUACCACUGUGGUGUGCCCUGGGAUCAUCAGAUGCUGCACAACACAAAUUAACACCCCAGGAGUUAUGUAGUUGCCUGAUAGAGCUGUAUAUAUGUGCUGAUUGAUUUGCACAGUUGUGGUUCAGAAUUCAGAAAUAAUGUAAUAAACAGAAUCUGGCGCUCGGCUGAUCCGUCGCUACAUCUAUAUAUUAUGAUUCAUGUUUUUUC